UCAGUGACAUCACGGCAAGCUGAGGGGUGACAAGCAGAUAAGACGGCGUUGCCGGUCAAGAAGCUGAACAUUGGUUAUGCGUAGGCUAAAGAAAAGUACGGAUAAGUAGCCUAUACCAAUUUUAGGAAGACAAACGUAAUAGAAGGUGUGGAAAUGACAAGCCAUUCUGGCUUGUAGUUACCUGGUGCUUGACUGCAGAAUGCGAUUUGGCGACAGCUAGCUAGAUAUCAGUAUUUAUUUCUAAUUUAUUUAUAGUUCAUCUUAAACAAUAUAGGAUAAAUCACAUUUUCGUAAUCGACUACAGAAUCGACUUCACAAGAACAUGUUCUGAAGGUCGUAUAUGAAUGAAGUGCGUGCAUGGAGACGGAAUAAUUUCUUCAGCAUGAAAGACUAUGUACGAACGCGUCGUUCUAUAACGAAUGAAUGAAUGAGUAGCUAUAGAAUUGUUUGCUGGUUGUCGAACGUGCGCACAACGCAAAUUGUAACAAUAUAUAAACAGAAAUAAAUACAUGUGCCAACGAAUAAGGUCAGAAUCCACCGGAAGACAUAUGCGCUGUAUGGACGUAAUCCCCUAACGUGAGGGUAGUGUUCCUACACUGACUCAGCCACAUGGAUUUGCUGUUUCCCCAACCAGUAAUACCAUAACAAUCAAAAAUGGUGCAGAAGUAUCAAUCUCCCGUUAGAGUCUACAAGUACUCAUUCGAAAUGGUGAUGGCGGCGUACGAGAAGCGCUUCCCCACCUGCCCACAGAUCCCCGUCUUCCUGGGCAGCGAGGUGCUCAGCGAUGUCACCAGCGAAGACGGGUCCCUGCACGUCAUCGAGCGCAGCUGCAAGCUCAACGUGGACGCACCACGACUCCUCAAAAAGAUUGCAGGAGUAGAAUACGUUUACUUCAUUCAGAAGAAUACUCUCAACUGGAAGGACCGGACGCUGCUUAUCGAGGCCCACAACGAGACCUUCGCCAGCCGGGUGACGGUCAUCGAGACGUGCAGCUACAGCGUUCAUCCAGAGAAUGAAGAUUGGACAUGUUUUGAGCAGUCUGCCUCCCUAGAUAUCAAAUCCUUCUUCGGGUUUGAAAACACCGUGGAGAAGAUUGCAAUGAAACAGUACACUGCCAAUAUCAAGCGGGGCAAAGAGGUGAUCGAGUAUUAUCUGAACGAGCUGAUAGCGGAGGGGAUCACGGAGAUUCCUCGCUGGGUCCCACCGGAGAAGCGAGCCCUGAUCAAGCCCGUGACCCUGCCCUGCACCCCCAGGCUGGACCUGGACUCCCUCACUCAGAGCAGCACCAAAGACGCUACCAGCGGCCUUAGCGGCGCCGCGGAGCCGACCACGCCAGACGCAGACAAGUUAGAUGCCGAUUACAUUGAGCGCUACCUUGGACAACUGACACCAAUGCAGGAGAGCUGUCUGAUUCAACUGAGGCAGUGGCUGCAGGAGACACACAAGGGAAAGUCAGAAGCUGGUGAAUGGAAAGCAGAGAAGAUCCCUAAGGACGAGCACAUCCUGCGCUUCCUGCGCGCUCGGGACUUCAACAUGGACAAGGCGCGGGAGAUGCUGUGCCAGUCGCUCACCUGGAGGAAGCAGUACCAGGUGGACUACAUCCUGGAGACGUGGAGGCCGCCCGCCUUCCUGGAGGAGUACUACGCCGGCGGCUGGCACUUCCACGACAGAAACGGGCGGCCGCUCUACAUCCUGCGCCUGGGCCAGAUGGACACCAAGGGCCUGGUGAAGGCGCUGGGAGAGGAGGCCCUGCUCAGACACGUUUUGUCUAUUAAUGAGGAGGGGCAAAAAAGAUGCGAAGAGAACACCAAGAUAUUUGGAAGACCCAUCACGUCUUGGACGUGCCUGGUGGACCUCGAGGGCUUGAACAUGAGGCACCUGUGGAGGCCAGGGGUGAAGGCCCUCCUGCGAAUCAUCGAGGUGGUGGAGGCCAACUACCCCGAGACUCUGGGCAGGCUGCUGAUAGUGCGAGCCCCACGCGUCUUCCCUGUGCUCUGGACUCUGGUCAGUCCAUUCAUAAAUGAUAACACGCGGCAGAAAUUCCUCGUCUACAGCGGCAACAAUUAUCAGGGAGUGGGAGGACUCGUAGAUUACAUUGACAAAGAGAUUAUCCCUGACUUUCUCGGGGGAGAUUGUCUGUGCAAUGUCCCAGAGGGUGGCCUGGUUCCAAAAUCCCUCUAUCAAACUGAGGAAGACUUGGAAAAUUCCGAUCAUAUCAAACUAUGGACAGAGACCAUCUACCAAUCAGCUCAUGUCUUUAAAGGAGCUCCCCAUGAGAUUGUCAUUGAGAUCCUGGAGGGCUCCUCUGUCAUCACCUGGGACUUUGAUAUCCUGAAAGGAGACUUGGUGUUCAACAUCUUCCACUCCAAAAGGUCCCCACAGACGGCCAAGAAAGAUCCGGCAACCUCAGCGCCCGGAGUCAAUAACGUCCAGCUUAUAGAGAGGAGCUGGGUGCUGGGCGUGGACUACAGCAUGGUGGAGUCUCCCCUAAUGUGCCGAGAGGGAGAGAGCAUCCAGGGCUCUCACAUUACCCGCUGGCCCGGCCUGUACAUCCUGCAGUGGAAGGUGACGGGUCACGUCUCCAACUCUGGCACCGCCCUGCCCCGUGUGGAUGACGUGCUGGCCUCACUGCAAGUCUCCUCCCACAAGUGCAAGGUCAUGUACUACACCGAGGUGCUGGCCUCCGAGGACUUUAGGGGUUCCAUGACGAGCCUGGAGUCCUGUCACAGCGGUUUCUCUCAACUAAGCGCUGGAACCACAUCCUCCAGCCAAUCACAGAGCAGCUCCCUCAUCUCCAGAUAGUCCCUCAGGACCUGGGGCAGCUUCACUAUGAGCCACAAUGGGCACAAACAAAUAUUCAAGAUAUUCAAUCAGACAGACCGAUACACAGACCGCAUACAGAAAUCCACCCAAACCAACAACUUUCACUAGCAUUUUCUGUAAAGUGUCCUUCAUAAUUACAUUACAUCAUUAGCACAGUUAUGAAAUAUCUUUCUCCAUCAAUAUGAAUCAGAAUGUAAUGGAAAUGGAAUAUUUGAUAGAUGGAAAUUUAGCAUAGCCUAUGACAUUCUAUGUCAUUGACGUAAGAAUUUGAUUAAGUAGUGUAUAUGAAGGUUUUACAUAGGUCCUAUAUCGGAACCUUCACUGGGCACAGUACAUAAUAUUGACACCUUAUAUAUGCAUACAUACUCCUACAGAUAUCAACAAAACAUAUAAGAAGGGCUAGAUAACCACAAGUGGAAAACCGUAUGCUACUAUGAACAGUCCAGGUAUUGUAAGUAUGCAUUUGAGCUACAAUGUUUUUUAAAUGUUUGAAGAUAACGUAGAAAAAUAAGGCAUACAUUUCUCACCUCAAAGAGGACAGAGAAAAGGUACUGUGUCUUGAUUAUAAUGUGCAUUCAGCUGCAGCGAUUGCUGUACAUAUUUUUCUAUGGGCUUAACAAAUAUGGCCACUGCGAAUAGGGCCACCGCAAGAGCAAUUUUCAUGCAACUGAAACGUUCUCUGAUGCCUAUACUAAUUAACUCUCGGUUCAUAUGUCCAUCUAACAAUGCAAUAGAGGUGAUGUGCAUGGGUGACCACUAUAGUCCUCCUGUAGUUGCUGCUAAGACCUCCCAUUUCCACGUUUCAUUUGUUUUAAAACGAAACUGAAGAGCCUGGCUCCUUUCGAAAAAGCACAGGCAUCGUGUUCCGGCAUGUUCUCGGCGCAGUUCUGUUCUUAAGUGCAUGUCCUAGAGAAACUGCAGGAACUCUGUGGGACACAACACUGAAACCUGCAUAGCACAGCAUCCCAAACUGUGCAACCUUAACUAGCACAGGGCUAUAAUCUGUAAAUAGAUUUCAAUUUUCUGUGUAAUUCAAAGCCAUAUUUGUUUUAAUGCUGUAGUGUUCAGGAGAAUAGAAUGUGACUGAAAGGGAAGCUUCAAGACUAAGGACCUUUUGAUUACUCAAGGGCUUUUUAUAUCAGCAAUACUGAGGAAGCACAGUCGAUGCACUGAUGUAAAGUCAACUUCUGAGCCAAGAGGCUUUAAUUAUUUACUGCCUUAAAACUCCAUUUUGAUUUGAAGUUAAAACAGCCAUUAAUUAGAAUGAGCCUCUUACCAAAUAGAGGGAUUUAGAUUUUAUUGAAAGAAUUCAGAUAAUACUGAGAAACUAGAAAACAAAAAAAGCACAUUUGAGGGUAAAUAUUUUGCUUAAUUUUUAAGGCUCUUUUCACAAAACUAUUUACACAUUUUAAAAUGGAAGAAAGUUGAAGAUGAAUACAGGGAGUUUUCUAAAGUUAAUAUGAAGACUGUAAAUGUGAUUAUUUCCACUGUUGACAGGGUAACUGGCAGAAGUGACAGUACGUAGUUAUUCAUUUUAAAAAUUAUAUACUGUCUUGGGAGAACAACUAUAUUUUUAAAAUAAUAUCCAUAGAAAAAUUGAAAGCCAUUAAUAUUGCAUUCACAGUUUAUACUGUAGCUACUACAAACUGCAUUUUAAACUAAAAAAGUAAUUUUAUGAAAGGAAGAUGAACUAUAUUCAUGUAACUGGAUGGCAAAUGUCCAUGUUAUUACUGUAAAAUAAACAACUGCAAAGAAA